AUGGCAAUUGACUAUGCAUCCACGAAAAGAGCUCUAAACCUUAGUGUCCUUCGUCGACAUGACCCAUUGAUAGAGUCUAUAAGCGAAACAUCGAGUCAUGUCACAGUAUAUAGCUUUGAAUCUCGUUCCCAGACUUGGACAAAACGAGGAAUUGAGGGCACUAUAUUUGUGUACCAACGAAGUAUCGAGCCACGCAAUGCAUUUGUAAUAAUGAAUCGUUUGUCAACAGAAAACCUGGUUGUCCCGCUAACUAAUGACCUCCAGUUUGAAAUGCUGGGUGAUUACCUCAUUUACAGACUUCCAAAUGACUCGAUUGUGGGACUAUGGAUCUUUGAGCCAUCCGAUCGUCAGCGCUUAGCAGUAUAUCUUUCAGAGUAG